CAGGUUUUCCGUCAAGCCUUCAAAAUGUGGAGGAGCUGAUCAAGUAUGUCACAAUGUUGAUCUUCACCGUGUCGGCGCGACACGCGUCGUUGAACUCGGGGCAGAUGGAUUAUCUAACUUGGAUCCCCAAUGGUCCGUUGUUACUCCAUCUGGCUCCGCCCACUGCCAAGGGAAAUACUACCAUGGAGGACAUACUGACGACUCUGCCCGACAAAUCCUUUGGCUCGCUCGCCAUGUCUCUUCAUUGGUUCCUCAGCGAGAAGUAUGAUGACUUUGUCUCUCUGGGUCACUAUCCUCAACGUUUUAGUGAGCCUGCCGUCUUGAGGAUGAUUGAGGAUUUUCAAGCAGAACUGUCCACAAUCAGCGACGCCAUCGUGAAGAGGAACGAGGAGCUUCAACUACCCUACCCUUACUUGAACCCCAAAGAAAUCGAAAACAGCGUAUCGAUUUAACAGACGUCGCCGGGAAGAGUUGGUCUUUGCUACGGCUGGUCAAUAAAGUCUCCAUGUCUGUUAA